AUGGCACCUGGAAUCGACGACUCUAUCCCCAUCCACCCGCACCCCGAUGCCGACCAGCAACAGCCACAGUACCCCAAACCUCUGAAGAAGAGCGGCGCACUGGACAAGUUCGAGUACGAAGAGACGACCCCGGUCAUCGGACGCGAGUACCCGACCGUCAACAUCGUAGACGACCUGCUGAACGCGCCGAACGCGGACGAGCUCGUGCGCGACCUGGCCAUCACCAUCUCCGAACGCGGGGUGGUAAUCUUCCGCUCGCAAAGCAACCUAACAGACGACCUGCAAAAGAAGCUCAUCCAGCGCCUAGGCAUCCUAACCGGCAAACCCAGCACCUCAACCCUCCACAUCCACCCCGUCCUGAACAACACCAACGAAUUCGGCGUCGAUGACGCCGAAAUCAGCACCGUCAGCUCGCUCGCGCGCAAGAAGCUCUUCAACCACCCAGCUCAACCGAACAAACGCAACUACGACUCCGCGCAAUGGCACUCAGACAUCCAGUUCGAGCCCGCCCCCGCAGACUACACCUCCCUGCGCCUGACGCAGCUCCCGCGCACAGGGGGCGACACGCUCUGGGCCUCGGGCUACGAGAUCUACGACCGGUUCUCGCCGGCCUACCGGCAAUUUCUCGAGGGUCUGACGGCUACGUUCUCCGGCGAGGGGUUCCUGCGCGCUGCCGAGCGGAAUCCCGCUGAGGUACGGAUCUAUACGGACCCCCGCGGGAGUCCGUUGAAUGUUGGGGCCGAGGUUACCGCUGUGCAUCCUGUUGUGCGGACGAAUCCGGUGACGGGCUGGAAGAGUGUGUUUGCGGUCGGGCCGUUUCCGAAGUUUAUUAAUGAGUUGACGGCUGAGGAGUCGGUGGAGUUAUUGGGACGGUUCCGGGAGAUUGUGGAGCGGAAUCAUGAUUUGCAGGUUCGGCUGAAGUGGAGAAAUGAACAUGAUAUUGCGAUCUGGGAUAAUCGCAGUGUGUUCCAUACGGCGACGUUUGAUUAUGAGGGGCUCGGCGAGCGGUUUGGGCAUCGUGCGGUUGGGAUUGGCGAGAGGCCGUAUCUGGAUCCGAAGAGUCGGUCUAGGACUGAGGUUCUGGCUGAGGGGGCAUAG